CUGUCGAGGUUCAGUCAGUUUUAAGCGUGCAGGCUGCAGAGCGGAAACCAGCGAGCCACGAAGAAGAGUAAAUGAUGAGGGCUCGCCGUCCGACGUCAACCUGCGGCUUCUGAGCACUGGGUUAGCCACGCUACUUGGGAAACCGCGACAGAGCUACACUUCCCUGGAGAAGGCACGAAGAGACGGAUACCUGGUCACAUUCGCUCGAUCAACCGUGGAGAUGAUGGACGGCAGUCCCGGCAGCGUCAUUCUGUAUGCUGGCUCUUCAGGAAACUCCAGCCCCAGUCCCAGCAGUCCGUCCAGCGGCUACCAAACCCAGUCUCCCACCUCCCAGCCUGCAUCGCCCGAUGAAAUCACGUUUACCGAGAUCGGGAUCCUGAAGCAGCAGGAUGCCAGCUCCCCCAAGCUGGCCUUCCAGUUCCCUGAAGUGGCCGCCAUGACGCAGGUCCCGCCGCGGUAUGCCAGCCAGGGGGUCCCCUGCAGUCCCUGUCCAGCAAAUGGUGGCAGCAAGCAGACCACCAGCAAGGCCAGCGGAGUCCCAGGCUCCUUCACCAAGGCCGGUGGGAUGGUCCUGCUGUGCAAGGUGUGCGGAGACAUCGCAUCCGGGUUCCACUACGGCGUCCACGCCUGUGAGGGCUGCAAGGGUUUCUUCCGCCGCAGCAUUCAGCAGAACAUCCACUACAAGAUGUGCGUGAAGAACGAGAACUGCCUGAUCAUGAGGAUGAACCGCAAUCGAUGCCAGCACUGCCGCUUCAAGAAGUGUCUGUCGGUCGGGAUGUCCCGUGAUGCCGUGCGCUUUGGCCGAAUCCCCAAACGAGAGAAGCAGCGCCUCCUGGAUGAAAUGCAGAGCUACAUGAACAGCCUCAACGAGUCGGCGUCCAUGGAAGUCGAGUCUUCCCCUGAUGUGCCCUUCAGCCCGGGUGACAGCCAGUCAGAUGAGGCCAUCUGCGCCAUUUCCAGGGCCUACCGGGACAUCUUUGUGAGUGGACAGGACCGGCUGGGCAGGAGGGCUAACAUGGCGAGUAACAACAACAACAACAACAGCAGCAGCAAUGGCAGAGCCCCCCCUCAUCAGCAGCAACAACACCCCCUGAAUCCUCCGCCACACCCUGACCACGGCUGCCACGCCACCUAUCAGCAUCCGGCGCUCUCCAACCAAGCGUAUCCCACCUACCCGCCCCAGUUUGAGGGGGCUGCCCACUGUGCCGUAAGAAAGGAGCCAGCAUUUGGGUAUGUGGACAACAAUCGAUUCGGUGGUGGCGUCGGACCACCCAUGCAGCUUUACCCGAACAAUUACAACUGCAACUACGCAGAACCCAUGGCUCCCAGCUCCUGUCCCUGGAGGAUGGCGGGCAGCACAAAAAUACUGGCCUGUCCACUCAACGCUGCCCCCUACUGUGACCCGGUGCGCAGCAGCCAGCAGGUGUGGGAAGACUUCUCACAGUGCUUCACGCCAGCUGUCAAGGAGGUGGUGGAGUUCGCCAAGAGUAUCCCGGGCUUCCAGGCGCUGUCCCAGCAGGACCAGGUGAUGCUCCUCAAGGCGGGGACCUUCCAGGUGCUGAUGGUCCGCUUCUCAUCGCUGUUUAAUCCAAAGGAGAAGGCGGUGACAUUCCUGAAUGGGCACACGUACCCUCUGAGUAGCUUGCAGGCCAUGGGCAUGGGACCACUGCUUUUCUCCAUGUUCGAGUUCAGCGAGAAGUUAAGCUCCUUGGCACUGGACAGAAAUGAGAUGGCCCUCUUCAUGGCGGUGGUGCUGGUGUCAGCAGACCGCUCCGGCAUCACUAAUGUCGAGGCAGUUGAGCACCUCCAAGAGACGCUUAUACGCGCCCUGCGGACCCUCAUCACCAAGAAGCACCCCGAGGACUCCACUCUUUUCCCAAAGCUGCUCCUGAGGCUUCCAGACCUGAGGACUCUUAAUAAUCAGCACUCGGAAAAACUGGUGGCUUUCCGCAUCGACUAGCCGCGCAUGGCAUUCUGGGAGGUGCGGUGGGGACAGGUGAGCACCACAGAACAGUAUGAACUGACGCCCCUUUCCGCAUUUUCUUCACUUUUUUUUUUGGACAGUAGUACCGUCCAUCAGGUCGGGUGCCCUGGACUUCCAGCUACACAGCGCCACCUGCUGUUCGACAUCUUCUUUUUUUUUUUUUUGUUACAAGGAUAAGAAAAGUCCGCUUAUCUUGGACACUCCUGUUCUUUUAGUUUUUGGCCUUUGAGAAAUCCUUGUGCUGAUUUCCAGCAGACUGGGGACAAUUUUGGAAGCUGAAGACAUUCUUGCUUCUUGCUCUACAAAUUCCAGGAUC